AUGGCUGCAGAUGGCCAAUGCGUCUUGGGCGAUCUCGAAGCCGCAUCAAAACGCAUUCCUGUCAACAAACCUUACAUUAUGAUGAAUAUGAUGAAUUUCAGACCAUUAGCGCAAUAUGCGCCUGAUUUCGAGGGCUUUAAAUCGACUUCACUCUCCGGCCUAGAGGCUUAUACGAUAUACAGAGAUGAAUUUAUAAAGAGAGCACAUGAGCUGGGUGUCAAGUCGCCAGAGGUCAUCUUUCUCGGGAGAGCGAAUACAAAUCUAAUAUCGGGACUACAUGAGGGGGAGUCCUGGGAUCUCAUCGUGAUGGUGAGAUUCAACAGUUUUGCGUCCUUUCGAUCCGUUCUUGAGGACCCUGUGUACAAAAAGAGCAUUGCGCCUCACCGUGUGGCAGGAACACGAGAUUUUAGGUCUUUUGCAGUGACCGAGAACUAG